AUGACUUCAACCGAGAGAACAACUCCUACACCCAUGGCAGAUUCAUCGCCAUACUACGACCUCGUAUGCGUCGGCUUUGGCGCAGCGCAAUUGGCAACAGCCAUUGCCAACCGCGAAUCCAGCAAACAUUCGAAGAUGCUCUUUGUUGAGAAGAAGACCUCCUUCUCAUGGGCAUCGGAUUCGCAAAUAUCGAGAACACGAGUGGAAAGCCCAUUCAUGUACGAUCUCGCAACACUCCGCAACCCAAGGACUGCUUUCAGUUAUGUCAACUAUCUGCUUGCUCGCAAGCGCCUCAUCGAAUUUGCAAACUCAGACAGACUCAACCCUCUGCGAGAAGAGUUCGAGGACUACAUGAGGUGGUGCGCCGAGCACUUCAAGGAUGAGGUACGCUAUGGCAGCGAGGUUGUUGGCGUAGCUCCAGAGGUAGAUUCGGAUGCUGUACAAAGCUGGAAAGUGGCUGUCAAAGACAGCGCCGGCAAGACGCAUGUAGUGCGAGCACGAAGCAUAGUCGCUCCCUCACCAUCAAGAAUGAGCAGUCCAGCUGCGGAGCCGUUGCCCACCGUCGACUUCUUGUCUGGACAGCGAAUAAUAUCGAUGCACGACUACCCCAGCAGGCGGAACGAAUUGCGAGGUGCCAACGAGCGACCAUUGAACAUUUCCCUCGUCGGAUCCGGCGAAAAGACUACGGAGAUUCUCGACGAUUUGUUGUCGUGCCCCCGCCUGGGCAACAUUACAGUCGUUACAGAAGACGAGUCGUUGGCGCCAUUGACGGUUCUCAACGACAACAAGCCAUCGCAACCCCAACUUUGCUCCAUUUGGGCGAAGCCAACCAGCAAUCAGACAGCCUCCGUGACAGAAGCCUCAGAGCUCGUCCAGAAGAUCUAUGACCGCGCGUACGAGAAGCAGGUCCGAUCCAAGGGCGAAUACAGACUACGCGUCAUCAUUGGAAAAGACGCCGCUGGCGCGUGCUCACAGUCCGACUUCAUCAUUAGGGAUACGACAACAAACCCGCUCUCGAACAUCGCACUGUUCCAGAGCAUCGACACGCUCAUCUUGGGUUGUCGGCCAAAGGGAGAUAGCCUGGAGGAAGUGCAGUUCAAACGUGGCGCCGUCGCUGAGGGCUGCCGCUUGUGGCUGGUGUCCUCAAAGUCUGAGGGAGGACGUGCGUUAGCCAAGGACAUCGCCUUGAUGGCAGGCUCAAUGCCUUUCAGCAAGCCCUCGGGGGCCUCUAUCAGGCAGUUCUUUAGCUUUCUCCAUCUCCUCUUCUACGCAGACCCGACAUGGCUCGACAAGAUACUGGUAUUUGUUGGCGCUAUAGCUGCCAUCGCAGCAGGCGUGCCGUUCCCGCUCAUUGGAAUCGUCUUUGGUCAAUUGGUCGAUGAGAUCAAUGUAGCAACAUGCAACAACCGCGAUGGUGGCUCGAAUGGGGACGAAGAAGCCGAUAUCACGCCCAAGAUUCUGUUGCUUGUCUAUAUCGCUAUCGGCAGCUUCGCUUGCAUCUACAUACAUCUUGUAUGCUGGAACUUGGCAUCGCAGCGGCUAGCUCAACGCAUCCGAGACCGCUACCUUAGGAACCUGCUACGACAAGACAUGGCCUUCUUCGACAACCUACAAGCCGGAGAAGUAUCAUCUCGACUCAAUGGCGACAUCCAAGCCAUCGAGAGCGGAACUGGCGAGAAGGUCGGUGUGGCAUUGACUUGCCUCUCCUUCUGUGUUACUGCCUAUAUCGUUGGCUUCAUCAAGAACGCCGAGUUAGCUGGCAUGCUCGUAUCGUUAAUCCCUGCAUUCCUGCUUAUGGCAGUGGUUGGUGGUCACUUUGUUGGCAAUUAUAGUGCCAGGCUCGGCUCAUGCUUUGGGUCUGCUAGCGCUAUCGCGUCUGAAGCUCUCAGUCACGUUGGUCUCGUGCACGCGCUCGGGGCGAAUGCAAGACUCGAAGAGAAGUUCGAGAGCCACCUAGGCAAUGCUCGGGAAGCAGGCAUCAAGAAAUCCAUGGCUGCUGCUGUACAAGCUGGUCUUCUCUACUUUAUCGCCUUUUCAGCUAGUGCCCUGGGUUAUUGGCAGGGUAGUCGCAGAGUCGCAGACUCUUUAGAGGGCAAGGGCAGUGCCACUAUUGGAGAAAUCUAUACUGUCACCUUCAUUCUUCUAGAUGGUGCUAUUGUUUUGAGUCAGAUCGCGCCCAUGUUGCCACUGUUCGGUGGUGCCAUAUCGGCAUUUGGGCGCUUGCGCAAGGAUAUCGAAACUCAGCCUACCAUCGAUAACACGUCGUUAUCUGCGGAAAAGCCUACUGAUGUCGAGGGUACUGUUGAGUUCCGCAAUGUUGCGUUCACAUACUCUUCCAGGCCUGACCAUCCCGUACUGAAUGGUAUCAACUUGACAUGCGAAGCUGGUAAAAUGACUGCCAUUGUUGGUCUCUCUGGUAGCGGCAAAUCCACCGUCGCAAGCCUUAUCAGCCGCUUCUAUGACCCGCAAUCCGGUGACGUACUUCUGGAUGGGCGCAACGUCAAAGACAUCAAUAUCAAGACUCUCCGAGGCUUCAUCAGCCUUGUGCAACAAGAACCAUCGCUCCUCGACCGCUCUAUCCUGGAGAACAUCGCUCUUGGUCUAGUCAACAGUCCACCUCAUGCCCACCUCGAGAAGACACUUUUGAGUGGCAUCCUCGCUCAGGUUGCAGAAGACGUUAGGGGCGGCCAAGAACUCAAUCGGGUUGCCGAGAACGCUGGCCCAGAAGUGGUAGAGAUUCUUCAGCUGGUGAGACAGGCUGCAGACCUUGCUGAUGUUGCUGUAUUUAUUGACCGCCUGGAAUUCGGUUUUGCGACCUCAGUUGGUUCAAGUGGCAGCCUUGUCAGUGGUGGGCAGAAGCAACGUGUUGCUCUUGCUCGAGCGCUUGUCCGCGACCCGCGUAUCUUGAUCCUCGACGAGGCCACUGCUGCAUUGGAUUCUGCCAGCGAACAACGUAUCCAAGCUGCCAUAGACCGGGCUUCCCAAGGCCGAACAGUGGUCUCGAUCGCCCAUCGACUGUCUACCAUCAAAGCUGCUUCGAAAAUCAUCGUCAUGAAGAAGGGUGACAUCAUCGAGCAGGGCACUCACGAUCAGCUAAUGGAAUUGGACGGAUCAUACGCGGAUAUGAUUCGCCUACAAUCUGUCAAAACCGAGGAUGGUCCGUCAAGCUCAAGGACCAGUCUAGAUUCGCGCGACACUAUUACUGAUGAGAAGUUGACACUGAGCGCUCAAGAGCCUGAUGCAGUACCAGCAAGCGAUGCGCAGACCGUUGACCCCGUUGAGCAUACCAAGGGAGUCGUUAUCUCAGGUUCCAUCAGAAAGACCAUGUUUCCAUUAACACGACCGUACAUGGGCAUCGUGUUGCUGGCUUUCUGCGGAGCACUGAUAGUAGGAGGGCAAUACUGCGGGUCUGGCCUCCUAUUCGGUAACAUCAUGGGCACCAUGUCCCCUUGCAACUCUCCAGACUACAUUCGGUCUAGGGGUGAGUUGCUGUCCGGAAUGUGGUUCAUGCUUGCCUGUGUUGCUUUCCUUGCCAACUUCACCAGCUGGGCAUCAUUCGGUCUCUUGUCUGAGCGACUUAUCUACAAGGUCCGCAAUCUGUCUCUGCACACGCUGCUCCAGCAGCCGCUGCAAUGGCAUGAAUCCGAGGCGAGAACCCCAUCAAUGUUACUUGAGUUCAUCACCAAGGACGGCAAUUCGUUGGCAGGCUUUAGCGGUUCCAUCAUUGGCACACUUUUCUCCGUCGUUGUUAACUUCGUGGCCGCUAUUAUCCUAUCUCACAUCAUCGCUUGGCGAAUCGCGAUCGUAUGUCUCGUUAUCGUACCGCUACUUUUGGGUGCUGGUUACAUGCAGUUACGCGCCAUCGGUCGCUUUGCUGUAAAGCAUGCCGGCGCGUUCUCAUCUUCCAUUGGUGUUACUAUCGAAGCCGUCUCGAACAUCAAGACUGUGCAUGCAUUGUCGAUUGAAGAAGAGAUCAUACAAACCUACCGGAGAUCGUUGAAGGCUCCGCGCAAAGAGAUGGUGAAGCAAAGCUUCAAGACCAACGUCUGGUUAGCUGUCGCCAAUUCUUGUGGUAGCUUCAUCUACGCCUUUGCUUACUGGUGGGGCUCGAAGAACAUCAUCGAAGGCAGAUAUACCCAGACCGAGUUCUUCGUCAUUCUCAUCGCCAUGCUUGUCUCCGCACAGUUGUGGGGUCAACUAUUCACCCUCGCGCCUGAAAUAGCCAAGGCUAAGAGCGCCAUCGGGCGCAUCUGUGGACUGAUCGAGCUCGGCAAGGACACACCACCUACAGGACACCAGAAGGCACUACCCGAAAAAGCACAAGACGAUGUUGAGGCAAAUGCUGAAUCGCCAUUGCCCGCCUCCCCACAAGGUGGUGCCAGAGUUGUCUUCCGAGAUGUCGGCUUCGCGUAUCCAGCGCGUCCCGGUGUUCCAGUGCUAACAUCGCUUUCAUUGACCAUCCAGCCAGGUCAAUUCUGCGCCUUGGUUGGUCCUUCAGGUGCAGGCAAGAGUACUGUCCUGGCCCUUCUUGAGCGAUUUUACUCUCCUUCCUCAGGCAGCAUCUCCAUCAAUGGGUUCGAUAUAUCACGACACCAUGGCGCGUCUUUCCGAGAUGAUAUCGCCUAUGUUCCCCAAGAGAACGUACUCUUCCAAGGAAGCAUCAAGUUCAACAUCGGGUUGGGAGCAAGACCCGGUCAUGAACCAUCCGACGAGGAGAUUCAAGAAGCCUGUAAACUGGCAAAUAUACAUGAUACCAUCGUCGAUCUUCCCCAAGGCUACGAUACCGAGUGUGGCUCGAACGGCAACCAGCUGUCUGGUGGUCAGCGGCAACGGUUAUCUAUCGCACGAGCUCUUGUACGGAAGCCAAAGUUGCUGCUACUGGAUGAGAGUACGAGCGCACUCGACGCAGAAAGCGAGAAGGCUUUAGAGCAAGGUCUCGAGCGGGCUGUCAAGGGUCACGGCGUGACCGUUAUUGCAAUCGCCCAUCGACUGAGGACGAUCGCCAGAGCUGAUGUUAUUUUCCUCGUCGAAGCAGGUAAGGUAGUAGAUCAAGGACGCCACGAGGAAUUGGUGCAGCGUAGUGAGAGUUACCGUGUCAAUGCUCUCCACCAGAUGCUGGGUUGA